AUGUGUCAUUGCUCCAUCCUGCUGAAACCAGAAUUUGUAUUGUUGACAGUAAGUGGGCAACCUCAGCUGUUCUCAAAGAAAUAUGAACCAAUAAUUCCCACCAUAGACAUUUCACACCAAACUGUCACUUCAGGAUGGUCUCUGAUGAUUGUUAUUAGAGUUUCAUUGAGACCAGAAUGUUUCACUAGAGUAGUGAAAGGUCAUAUUGCUGUGGUAUCUGCUGUGUUUCCAAGAUUAACGAAAGGGCAAAUGUUGGAUACCUUAGCUCGUAGAUUUCUUUGGGAAGUUGGUCUAGAUUAUUCUCAUAGUACAGGACAUGGUGUAGGUGCUUACCUUAAUGUUCAUGAAGGUCCUGUUGGAAUAAGUUGGAAAAACAAUCCAGAUGAUCCUGGAUUGCAAGAGGGAAUGAUACUUUCUGCUGGUAAUUGUAAUUAUUAGUUAUUAAUAUAGAAUACAGGUAACUCCCGUAUAACUUGGUGCUUUUAUAGCACAGAUUCACUCUAACACAGUUCGAGAAUUGGGUAAAACCCUCGUACAACAUGAAAUGUAAUAGAUUUUCACAUACUUAAGUACUAAUAGUUCACAAAAAUUAUUAUUUUUAUGAACUAUUAGAACUUAUGUAAAUUUUCUUUUUUGCCUUCUGUCGAUACAUGUAAUCCUUCUCGAUACUUGUUUCAGUGUUGCCAGAUCUCUAUGCUUCUGAUUUUGUGUUGUCAGAUGUUUUCCCUUAUUCCAUACUUGCUUUAUUCAUCAUUAGUGCUUAGCACCAUAUAAGGAAAUUUAUAAAGAUCUUUUAACUAAAAGCAAGCAAUCUAAAAUAACAUAUUUUUUGUAAAAGGU